AUGGACUCGGAGCACUGGAUCUCGCGCCUGGCCGCCGCCAAGCGGUUCUACGCCGCGCAGCUCGGCCACGCCGGCGCAGAUCGGGCGGGGAUGGACGAGCUGGACAUGGACGGCGACGAGAACGCGGGCAGGCCCGACUUCGCCUGCCCCUACUGCUACGAGGACCACGACGUCGCCUCCCUCGUCGCCCACCUCGAGGAGGACCACCCCUUCGAGCCCCACGCCGCGCCUUGCCCUGUCUGCUCCGAAAAGGUUUCUAAAGAUAUGCUUAACCAUAUCACCAUGCAACAUGGGUACUUGUUCAAGAAUCGCCGCAGGUUGCGCAGAUUUGCUGUUCCAGGCAGCCAGUCGCUCUCUCUGCUGAGCCGGGAUCUACGUGAAGCCCAUUUGCAGGUGCUUCUGGGAGGUGGUGGACAUAGGUCGAGCAACAAUAAUGCCACAAAUAUUUCAGCUGAUCCUCUUCUGUCAUCAUUUGGCCUUAGCUUCCCAACGUUAGAUGCUGAGGAAACAUCAAAAUUGUCUACUCCUGCUCAGAGUGAUGUACCAGUGCUAAAAGAGGCAGCUGCUCGACCAUGGCGGUCAAGUAUUGACUCGUCGCUCACAAGGGAAGAAAGGGAGCAAGCCAGAGUGAGAGCGGCAUUUGUGCAAGACCUGCUGCUCUCCACCCUAUUCAGAGACCAAUAA